AUGGAAUUGUCAUUAAAUAUUGUAGGCCGUAAAGUAUAUCGUAGGGUGCAUGGUUGGUUGAUAAGGGGAUCUAUUCCUCCUUCACCUAAUAACCACGAUCUUGAGUUUGUAUCGGUGGACUGGAAUUUGGAGGAGGUGUUCUCGGUGGAUUUCGGGUUAAGGAUAGCUAGGGCUUGCUCGGAGUUCGCGAGUUCGGCUUUGAUCUUUGAGGUUGGCAUAGAGUCUGAGAUGCCUCCGAGACCCGAGAAUAGACGGGAUAGGAUUGGGAAUCCGAGAAUGGGAGCAGGACAGAAUCAGCUUGCUAGGGAAAUUGUUGCGGCACUUGCAGCAGCAAAUCUUUUGCAACCACCUCGUAGGGAUAAUGUGGACAGUCGGGCCAUAGUAGCCAUGCGAGAGUUUAGCCGUAGAAAUCCACCUCAGUUUGAUGGGGAGAGUAGCGACCUCCUUGUGGCCGACCAUUGGCUUGCACAAAUUCGUAAGAUCUUUAAUGCACUUAAGAUUACGGAGGACGACCUACGGGUGAGUAUUGUCGCUUGUCAACUUACCGGUGAGGCAAACGAGUGGUGGGAAUCCGUUUUAGGAGUAAGAAGAGAUGCUAGGAGGGCAGCUAGAGUUGCAAAUCAGGAAGUCGAACCAGUUGAGGAGAAGUCGUAUCGCGAACAGCUUAGAAACCAAUUCGAAAGGUUAGAUCAAGGUGACAUGACCGUUUCAGAAUAUGCCACUAGGUUCCAAACCUUGUCCCGUUUUGCACCAGAGUUAAUUGCAAUUGAUGAUAGGAAAUGUAGGCGUUUUGAGAAAGGGUUACACCCGUCUAUCAGGAAGUUUGUGGUAGGUCAACGAAUUGGAAGGUUUUCUGACAUUGUCGAGUGCACUAGAAGUAUUGAGUAUACGGAGGAAAUACCAGAGGAGGCGAAAGUGCGGGAGUCGAGGAAACAAACCAUUGACAAGAGUGUAUCUAUAGAAACGUCUAUAAGCCAAGGGAGAAAGAGAUAUAGAGAGCAAUUCCCGUCCAGCUCAGGCCAGUAUGGUUCAGGACCAAUUAACUUUUCUAGAACAUCGGGAGAAUCAUCUGGGUUGACGAUUGUGUGUUAUCGGUGUCGUCAGCCAGGCCAUCGUGCAGUAGACUGCCCUCAAGAGAGGGAAUACCAUGGUCAGAGGCCACCUCGUGUUUGCUACCGGUGUCGUCAUCCAGGACAUUUAGCGGUAAAUUGUCCACAAUUGACAAACAGAGGGAGCGUGCAGAGACCCACGGGUUCAGGUCAUGCACCAACUACCGAAUAG